UAUCUGAAUCUAAAACACGCUCUUUCAGACGGAUURGCAAAUAUCUUAACUGCRACAACAUAUCAGUUCUUGCGCAAUGCCUGGCUACUAAGCCAAUAAGUGACGUCAUCAAGGCCCAGCAAGUAUUCAACAUUACGCCAACACAAGUACCGUUUGGACCAAUUGUCGACGGUGACGUCAUACCAGAUGCCCCCGAGAAACUCUUCAAGUCGCAAUCAUUUGCAGUUGACAAUGUGAUGUUGGGUGUUUUGGAGGAUGAUGGGAAGGUAUUGMGGUCUUCGUUACCAGGUCUCAUCGGUAACCAGGCGACASGUGACGUCAGUAAAUCAGAAUUUAGUGACAUCAUAGSAAGCAACAAGUGGCUUGGCGAGAGAAYAGUAAACAAAGACAUUSUAAAGUAUAUGUACACAGACUGGAAAAACCCUAACAACGACACAACCAGAAGCCACAAACUCAAUCAACUUUAUUCAGAUUGUUCUUUCAAUGGACCAGCAGUUCGUCUAGCUGACAUUAUCUCWGGGAGGAGUGUUCCUACAUUCUUUUAUUUGAUCACCAAAGGGGCCUUCAAUACAACGCACAGCGGUUAUACUCAUGGAGACGAUGUUCGMGGAUUAUUUGGUCAGCAGUCUUCAAACAAGAUGAUGCGCAGUGUAAUGGACGUAGCUUUUACCAUGUGGAUCAACUUUGUUAAGAGUGGAAAUCCUUCACAUCCCAACAAAGUCGAACCAAUAUGGCCGACAUACACACAAAAUGGAGACUAUAUUACCAUAGCAACUAGUAUUAMCAGCAAAUCCAAAUUCUUGCCUGACCGCAUGGAAUUAUGGAAUAGUCUUUUACCCUCCUUAUCAUCGCAGCAAUUAGCCAACUCCCCCACUGCAAUGAUGAUAACAACUACUAGUAGCCAUGGUAACGAGAAUAACUGCCCUCCCAAAAAAGACUCCACCAAGGCACUGACUGCAGUAGUCGCAGUGAUGGCCAUCGUCAUCAUCGUCAUGCUGUCAAUCAUYAUCUACCAGACCAGAAUCCUUAGCAAACGACAAGAUUCGACAUUACAAAAUACCUGAUUACGUAACUGGUGAUGUCAUGGAUGACGUAAUAGAGAGUAGUUACACGUCAUACCUAACGAUAGGAUCGAUCUACGAGYCUGGAAACUAGAUAAAAUAGUGUUACAUGAUUUGAAAGAAAUGUCUCAUGCAACAGUUGUASAUAGAAAUAUCAACUGGCGAUGUACAAAACGUCUUUGAACAGUUGGAAUGAAAACAAAAACCCGCAUGAWUAGAAACUGAAUAGUUACUAUCGUAAUAAUAUAGGAUCUUAAACAAAAUCUGCUGAACUGUUUCCGGCAGUAAAUCUCGCUCAGCUUAGAUAGAUAUAAGAUGACAGUGCUGAAAAAAUAAACUUUUUAUUGACUAACU